CUCAGAGUUAACAAUUGGAUUUAGUAAAUUUAGUAAACCAGAUCUAUCACCGACCGUAUUUCAUAUCAAGAUAAGGCCCCCGCAGUAUUUGAUGUUAUCUCUGCCAUGGGGUGACUUGCAGUGACGAACUGCCCUCGUGAUAAGAGAGACAUCAUCCCUUCUUCCUCUCUCUCCUCCCCUCUCCUCCUCUUCUUCUCUCUUCCCAUCUCUCUCUCCCUCUCCUUCUUCAUCACUGCCAUCAUGCCUCCUCCUCUUUUGCGUCAGAUCACUGCAAUCGCCCUCCCCGACCACUGCGAGCCAUCGUCGCCCUACUUAGCCGCCCUCUCCUCCUACCUCCACAUAUGCCUUCCCACGCCGCUCGCCCUCAUCUCCUCCCUCCUGGGUACUCUCAGCAUCGUCUCAUGGCUGUUUGCUCAAAUCCCCCAGAUAUAUAAGAACUACCAGCUCCAGUCUACCGCUGGUCUCUCUGCUUUCUUCCUCAUUGAAUGGUGCUUGGGCGAUUCGGCGAACCUGGUGGGCUCGCUGCUCACGCGACAGGCCGGUUGGCAAGUCGUUGUUGCGGCCUACUAUGUCCUGGUUGAUAUCACCCUGGUGGCUCAGUUCUUCUGGUACACUCAUGGCCAGAGGAAGUGGAGACGGUACGCACGCGACCAUCCGCCUCACUCCCGUCGGAAUCCGCCUGGUUCGGGCGUCUUGGAAGGCGUCUCUCUGCCUGAGGAUGACCACGGCGCUUCUGCGUCUCGAUCGCCUUCGGAGCUGUCCCCACGAUCACUCCCCAAGGAUGUCGAUCCCCCGAAGAAGCCGAUCGUCGACGUCCUAGCCGGCCCAUCGCCGUCUUAUUCCCAUAACGAGAAGAAGCACUCCUUCGCUUCUCGCAGAACUGUCGCCGGGAACGGGUCCAGUCUCUCAACCCGCACGGUCCUCCUGACGUCAAUGCUCUGCGCUGUCCUGGCCAAUGCAGCCCCGACAGAGCCUCAUUUGCAGUCUGCAUCACCGUUCACCGCUGCAUCCGAGUCCUCCACCCUCGAGAUCAUCGGCCGUGUCGCCUCCUGGAUUUCUUCCGUCCUGUACCUCUUCUCGCGCCCGCCCCAGCUCUACAAGAACUAUCGCCGGAAAAGCACAUCUGGCUUGUCCCCCUUGCUCUUUAUGGCAGCCUUCUGCGGAAAUUUUUUCUACUCGGCCUCACUCCUCACAAACCCCAACGCCUGGUUUGAUUUCCCCCCCUACGGUGGCGGAGGGUGGGCCAGUGUCGACGGUAAUUCCCGUGUCGAGUGGAUCGUACGCACCCUUCCAUUCUUUCUCGGCGCUGCGGGCGUUCUGGCGCUAGACGCUUUCAUGGGCGUGCAGUUCCUUGUGUACGGUGAGGGCGAGCCUGUGAUUAUGGUCGACGUGGGUGAUGAGGAUGGGAAAGGAGAACAGACGAGCCAUUGGACGGCCGUCAGAGGGUGGAUGAGAGGGUGGAUCCCUUCUGUCUCCCCAGACCGAGGAUCUAUCGCUGAGGCUUCCGAGGAGGAAGCCGCUCUCUUGCCAGACGAACGUCCGCGCAAUGCAUACGGCGCUAUUUGACUUAUGAAGCAUGGAUAGAGUUAUAUCGCUUAUACAUACGAAGUGUUUUCAUUUUGAUUUUCUGCGUUGCCAACGACACAAGACGAAACAGGUCAUGACACUCUUCGUUUGAUUCAUUGCAUUCCCCAUGUUAUGGUGAGAGGCGUUCUGGUCAACGACGAGGUUCAGUAUAUUUAUUUUAUUUCAAUUCCGUUUGCUGAUUAUUGUUUUUCUUCCUGGCUUGCUUACUUGUUUACUGGCGUCAAUGUGUUUUAUCAACUGUGGUUGUUUCUCUUUACAGAUUACAGAGCAUGCAUAUUCAGAUACCCAGGACUACACGCAUCCUUCUAUGGAAUAAUGCAGCUAGUUCCUACAUAUCUUUAUAAUCGUCCCUGUGCACAAAGAUUGCCUACAUCGUACGAGUCCUAGUGUGGUACAAUAAAUAGCUUUAAACUCA